CUUGAUAUUGUGCCUAAAAUGAGGACCCAUGUUGAAGUUUUGUUUUUGUUGACCCUGUGGGUGGUCUCCUCUGAUGCCUGGUUCUGGGACUGGACUGGCACUACAACUUUUCCCCCAACAGUGGACCAUGAGGGGUCUGGCAGCCCAGCAGGUAGUGGAGAACCACCAUCAGACAAUAUUGCAAGUGUUGGAGCGGAGAUCAUUGACGAGGUACAUGGGAUCCAAACCAUUGUGCAGACUUGGGAUGAGAGCACUGAGGGACAUCGACUGACCCCUAUAAUACCUACAACACAACCGGAGAAUGACAGUGAAUCAGAAAAGGGAACAGCAGGGAUUUCAUCACGAAUACGCAAACCUGAAGACACUGGAGUCUCCCUGCAACAGCUGAUUGGGGAUCCUCCUCCAAAUACGAUCACCCGGGUCUAUGGGCCCGACUACAGGCCAAGCUAUGUCUUUGGCCCUGACUCCAACACGGGCCAGCUGGCCCGCGCCCACCUGCCGAGCCCUUUCUACCGAGACUUCGCCCUCACCUUCAACUUGAAACCCACCUCUGAACGCGGCGGCGUCAUCUUCUCCGUCACAGAUGCCGCACAGAAGAUCAUGUAUGUGGGCGUUAAACUGUCAGCCGUGCAGGCCGGCAACCAGAAUGUCAUCCUGUACUACACGGAGCCCGACUCGCAGACGUCGUACGAGGCGGCCAGGUUCCUCGUGCCCUCCAUGAUGGACACCUGGACUCGUUUCUCCCUCGCUGUCAGGGAUGACACGGUGAAGUUCUACCUCAACUGUGACACAAACCCUCAGGUGAUGCGCCUUGAGAGGUCCCCGGACGAGAUGGAGCUGCAGACCGGCGCCGGGGUCUUUGUCGGGCAAGCUGGAGGAGCGGAUCCUGACAAAUUUCUGGGGGUGAUCGGUGAGCUGAGGGUGGUGGGAGACCCCCGUGCUGCUCAGAGGCACUGUGAAGACGAUGACGACGACUCAGAUAUGGCUUCAGGGGAAGGAAGCGGCCAUGAAGAAACCAGACCCCCACAAGCAACCGGGGAGAAGCAUAGAAUGACGACUCCGCCUCCAUCUUCCCGGCCCCUUCAGCCGCCACCGCUGAGCAGCAAAGACGACGUCUCAAUUGCCGGAGAAACCGCCAGUGACUCCCAGUGAGUCAGUUCGGGCGCGAGCUUUCCAGGUCGAGAGAGUCCAGCUGGGGGCAGAGGAGAGAAGGGUGAGCGGGGGGAUGCAGGACUGAAAGGAGACAGGGGUCCAAUCGGGCCAAAGGGAGAUGCUGGCUCCGGCUCCGGCUCACGGGGUCCAGCCCGUGGAGAGAAGGGGGAACCAGGAGAAUUAGGAUUAAAGGGCAGUGCAGGCUUUGGCUACCAAGGAAAGAAAGGAGACCCCGGCCCACCUGGGCAACCCGGUUCCCCCGGCCCUCCAGGACCCGCAACCGAGUACUCGGUCAACAGUGACGGCUCAGUUUCUUCCAGAGGCCCCGGACCCCGAGGACCGGCCGGACCGCAAGGUGCUACGGGCCCCCAGGGACCACCAGGAGCUGAUGGAGAGCCAGGGGAUCCUGGUGAGGAUGGAAAAACCGGACCUGAUGGACCACCUGGCUUCCCAGGAACCCCAGGUGACUCUGGACCAACAGGAGCAAAGGGAGACCGUGGAGAGGGUCAACCUGGCCCCAGGGGACUCCCUGGACCUCCGGGACUCCCAGGAACCGGAUCUACCUUUGUGGACAUGGAAGGCUCUGGGUUCCCUGAUCUGGACUCCAUUCGGGGAUCGCCUGGCCUACCAGGUCCCCCUGGUCCCCCCGGUCCCGCCGGUCCUGCGAGUCCCUCGACAGCAGGAGCAGCAUCGAGUUCUGGGGCAUUCGGACCACCAGGAAAGGACGGGGCGCCCGGUCAACCUGGCUUGCCUGGUUUGCCGGGUACUGAUGGACGCCCAGGAGCUCUUGGUACCAAUGGAGAAAAGGGGGUUUCAGGAGAUCUGGGUCUUCCAGGAGCAGUCGGAGAGAAGGGAUCUCAAGGAGAUAUUGGUUUACCGGGAACCACAGGACAGACUGGACUGGCUGGUCUGCCCGGGCCUAUCGGACCAGUUGGGCAACCAGGGCCUGCGGGGCCUCCUGGACCAAGCUACCGUGUUGGAUUUGAUGACAUGGAGGCCUCUGGUGGAGGGUUCAGCAAUGGACUGCCUGGCAUCACAGGACCAGAGGGAAGACAGGGUUCUUCUGGCUUGCCUGGACUUCCGGGCAAAGCUGGGUUGCCUGGUAUGCCAGGUCAAAAGGGCAGUGAAGGUCUCACAGGAAGAGAUGGACGUCCAGGGUUGGACGGCUUCCCUGGACCUCAGGGACCAAAGGGUGACAGUGGCAACAAAGGAGAAAGGGGUGAAAACGGUCGAGAUGGAACAGGUCUCCAAGGGCCACCCGGACCACCUGGACCAGCAGGACAAAUCAUCUCCCAGACAUCUGGCAAUGUUAAUGGUGCUGUUGGCAAUGAUGGUCCCCAGGGAGGACCUGGUUUACCUGGCCAAGCUGGAUUCCCUGGUCCUAUUGGACCAAAGGGUGACAGAGGGGACCCCGGCCUUCCAGGCUACGGGGGCAAGGGUGAGAAAGGUGAACCAGGCCUGGUAAUCGGACCUGAUGGAAACCUUCUGCAUCUGGAAGGGCUGACGGGUUCGAAGGGAGAGAGAGGAACACCUGGACCUGUUGGACCCUCUGGCCAGUAUGGGCCUUCUGGAAUAAAGGGUGAAAUCGGAAUGCCUGGAAGACCUGGUCGCCCUGGUAUAAAUGGUUACAAGGGUGAGAAAGGAGAGACAGGAGUCGGCUAUGGCUACCCAGGAGUCCCUGGCCAACCAGGACCACCUGGACCUCCUGGGCCAACCAUGCCCUUAGAUCGCUUCAAUCGCUAUGAUGAAACUUCAAGGAAUUACCCAGCAACUAAAGGGGAAAAAGGAGAGGGUGGGGACCGAGGAAUUCCAGGAAUCCCAGGAACCGCCUCUAAUUUCGAUAUUUACACAUUCAAGAAUGAACUGAAGGGAGAGCGCGGAGACCUAGGUGUGAAGGGAGAAAAGGGAGAGCCUAGUGGCGGAUAUUAUGACCCACGUUUUGGAGGAGUACAAGGCCCGUCAGGGCCCCCUGGCAAACCAGGCUUAGAGGGUCCAAAGGGAGAACCUGUAGUGGGCCCUCCUGGACCCCAGGGACCACCAGGAACACCAGGGAUUGGUUAUGAUGGGCGUCCGGGUCCUCCAGGAUUACCUGGACCUCCAGGACCCCAAGGAUCUCCUUCACUUCCCGGAGCAUAUAGGCCCAAUCACUCCCUCAAUGUUCCUGGACCUCCUGGUCCUCCUGGUACUCCUGGAAGUCCCGGUCACUCUUCUGGGGUUACUGUUUUAAGGUCAUAUGACACGAUGGUAGCUACUGCGAGACGCCAGACAGAGGGCAGCCUCAUCUACAUCGUUGACAAAGCAGACCUCUACUUGAGAGUACGCGACGGACUGCGGCAAGUCAUGCUUGGAGACUACAGUCCCUUCUUCAGAGAUCUGGAGAACGAGGUGGCAGAGGUUCAGCCUCCACCUGUGAUCCUGUACCCCCAGUCCCAGGACCAGUCCCACAACAACGGAGCCGGCCAUUACUCCCAGGGGGGUUCUGCCAUACGACCCAUUGAGCCUCCACCACACCCACCCGUUGACCCCAGAUACCCCCCACAGUAUGAUCCCAGAUUCCCAGACCCGAGACGCACGGGCCAGACGGAUGGGCGAUUAGCCACACAACAGACUGAGAACAGAUACCCUGUAACUCCACAGCGACGACCCAGCCCACCUGUAGCGCAGCCUGUCAGCCAUGUGGAGCCCUCAGAAUCAGGACUCCAUAUCAUCGCCUUGAACGCCCCUCAAACCGGUAACAUGCGGGGGAUCCGCGGGGCAGACUUCCUGUGCUUCCAGCAGGCCCGCGCUGUGGGCCUGAAGGGGACCUUCAGAGCGUUCCUGUCCUCCAAGCUUCAGGACCUCUACACCAUCGUCCGCAGGUCGGACCGAGACAGCACACCCAUCGUGAACCUCAAGCACCAAGUGUUGUUCAGCAGUUGGGAGUCUCUCUUUGGUGAUCUGAGCAAAAUGAGGGAGAACGUACCGAUCUACUCCUUCGAUGGCAGAGACAUCGUCAGGGACAGCGCAUGGCCAGAGAAAAUGGUCUGGCACGGAUCGAGCAACAAAGGCCACCGGCAAACAGACCACUACUGCGAAACAUGGCGGGCGGGCGACCACGCUGUGACUGGUCUGGCAUCAUCACUACAGAGCGGCCACCUCCUGCAGCAAACCUCCAGCAGCUGCUCCGGCUCCUACAUCGUCCUGUGCAUCGAGAACGCCUUCACAUCACACUCCAAAAAAUAAUAUCCCGUCCAUCCCUCCUAUAUAUAUAUUUUUUUUUUGUUGUUUUAUUUUUUUGUUCUGGGCCCUGGUUA